AUGUGCUUCAAUAUAAUUACCAGGAGUAAGCGCUAUAGCCUCUUUCCAAUACUCAGCGGCUUGAUCAAACCAAGCUUCCGCAAUUUCAGAAUCUCCCUGGCGAAUGGCCUGUUCUCCCCGGUUGGAAUAGGCCGAUUAAUUCCUUCCCUUAGAACCGUACUUGAGGCAGACGUACGAACUGCCGACGUGAGGGACGAAGGACCGUUGUUUCUCAGAGUGAAACGGCUUCUCGUGGUCUCCUCUCGACUUGAACCGACGACGACAAACGAAGGGCCACCUGUUGUUCAAUUUCUCGGCGAACAGGGGUUCCUCGCGGACGGCUCGUGUGACAACGAUGAGGAUGCGGUGGUUGACGGGUGCUGCGAUUUAUGCCGGCGAAGUGAGGGAGAAAACGAGAUUUUCCAAUCAAGCGAAGAGGAAGAAGAUGUGAUGGCGUAUGAUAAAAGGGGUAUUGAGAAGUCUGUACCGUUCACUUCGACCUAUUCUCGCAAACCAGGGAUCGACUGGUUGUUGCAGCGUGCUCCUCGCGUGGACAGGAUGUUCUCGAACGGCUUCUACUCGCCGUUCGGAUUUGAGAUGGUGCGAUUUCAGGCCGCAGGGUCUUUCUCCGGCAGGGCGCGAAAAGUCGACCGGACUGAGCUGCCGCUGAAGGAAGGUUGCCGUAGCGUUUCACAGCAAGGGAUGCUAAACGGCGAUGGCGAUGGUCAGAAUUUCUGCUCGAUUGUCGACGGACAUGGUGGCAUCUCGUGGGUCUGCUGCUAUGGAACAAGAAAACCUCUUCCUCUCUCUGUUGUGAUCGAAUGA